AUGUCUGAUUUACUGGAGCAAUUUCAGGCCGAACAAAUCAAGGUUGAUGAGGAGAUUAUCACAUCUCAACAGGAAGAAUCCAAUCAGGAUAAAUCUUCUAGAAGCUCAUCUGGCUCCUCCUUCGUGCCAGUGGACCAUAUCCAAGAUGCCAUUCAGGUAAUAGACGAAAAUAAAAAGUUCAACGGUGAGUUGUUGAACUACAUAAGUAGCUCUCCAGACCGUCUGGGUCAAGGGGACUACAGGAUCAUCUCCGUUUUUGGCUCUCAGUCCACUGGUAAAUCUACAUUGCUCAACCACUUGUUCAACACCAACUUUGAUGUCAUGAAUGAGGUUAACAGGCAGCAAACCACCAAAGGUAUUUGGUUGGCCCACAGUCCUGGCGUAACCCACCUGGCAAAAUCAGUUUCUCCUGAAAAUGUGCUUGUAAUGGAUGUCGAAGGUACCGAUGGUAGAGAGCGUGGAGAGGACCAGGACUUCGAGCGUAAGGCUGCUCUUUUCGCCAUGUCUACCAGCGAGGUGCUUAUUGUCAAUCUUUGGGAGACACAAGUUGGUCUCUACCAAGGUGCAAACAUGGGGUUACUCAAGACAGUGUUUGAAGUUAACUUAUCCCUCUUUGGCAAGGCCAAGUUGCAGAAUAAUGAACACAAGGUUCUCCUCUUGUUUGUUAUCAGAGAUCAUCUUGGUGUCACUCCAGUUGAGUCUCUUGCAAGAACAAUCGAGCAGGAUUUGUUGAAGAUCUGGGACAAUUUGAACAAGCCCGCAGACGUGAGCCAUCUUAAUUUCGAUGACUUUUUUGACUUGGCUUUCCACACCCUCAGCCACAAGGUUUUGCAGUAUGAUAAGUUCAAGAGUGAUAUCAAGUUGUUGGGAAACAGGUUUGUGGACGAAAGUGAUCCAGGCUUCUUGUUCAGGCCAUUUUACCACCAUGACAUCCCAAUCGAAGGUUGGACAAUGUAUGCGCAGAGCUGUUGGGACCAGAUUGAUAAUAACAAGGAUUUGGAUCUUCCCACGCAGCAAAUCUUGGUGGCUAAAUUCAAGUGUGACGAGAUCGCAACCCAAUGUCUUGAGGAAUUCGAAGAAAAAUUCCAGGCGUUUGAACAAGAUGCUCGCGAGACCGUUUUACAGGGAUCCGCAGUUCUUUAUGAGGAAAUUGGGCUGAGUUUGAAGGAUAUCAGGGAGGAUAUUCUCGAAGAAUACGAUGCCCUGGCCUCGAAGUACAAUAAGAAAGUCUUUGAACAAAAGAGAGAGAUUUUGUCGGACAAAGUUAUCCUGAGAUUGCGUGCUGUGUUCCUGAUUUAUGCUGAAUACUUGACGACGACAACUACCAAAGAGUUGACCUCUGCCUUGAGAAAGAAGUCGUCCAAGUAUGGCUCCUUUGCAGAGAAGGUUCAAGGCCUCACCUCCUCGACCGUAGAAAGGUAUGCGGCCAGCCUUGCUCUUCUUUCUAUUGGUGGAUCUAUUCCUACUAACUCCCAUGUCAAUGCUCUUCAGGAAAACAUCAACCUGCUUGUUGCUAAGCAACAGCUUGUCGAGUUAAACAACAUCAUCAGUAAAUCGUUAAAGAAGAUUAAUAAUGGCUUGUCUACGGCUAUCCUUGACCAAAUCUCCAAACCAAACAAGGAUACGUGGGACUAUAUUUUGGAGCGUUUCAAUGACCUAAGAUCUACUGCAUUGAACAAGUAUCAGACAGAUCAUGGGUACGACUUUGGUCUUGCAACAGAGAAAGCAGUCAAUGACAACGCCUUGUCUACGUUGGAGUUCAAGGCAUGGGAACUCUUUGACCAAUUGAUCCGGAAGUAUAUUUCUAAGGACAAUUUGUUGAACAUUUUGAAGGACAGAUUUGACGAGAAGUUCCGCUACGACGAAAAUGGCGUUCCAAGAUUGUAUCAAAAGAGUCAAGAGUUGGAAACGAGCUUUGCGGACUCGAAGGACUAUGCAUUGGAGGCACUUCCCAUCCUUUCGUUCGCUAGACUAUCAAAUGGUGCAGAACUCAGACCAAAAUACGACGUUCGUAACAAGGCCUUACAGCGCAAGUAUGCCACCGUAAGAGUCUCGACCGAAGAGGAGGACGAUCAAUAUGAAAGUGAGGUUGAUGAUGACGACGAGGAAGAUGAAGAUCAGUGCUUUGCGCAGAUUCUUACGGAGGCAGAUAAGAGUGAUGUUUUGAAUAGGUUUAGAAGAGAGACGGAUGCGAGAUUCGUGGAGACCAAGCGCUCUAUUUUGCAGCUGGUGACACAAAUCCCAAUGUGGGUGUAUGUUGUGAUUGUUGUGCUCGGAUGGAACGAGUUUAUGGCGAUUCUACGUAACCCAUUCUUCUUUACGCUUCUCAUCAUGUUUGGUGCUGGCGGCUACAUCCUAUGGCAGAUGAAUUUACUCGGUCCCUCUAUGGUGGUCGCACAAAGGGCAUUUGAUGAGGCUGUUGCAAUGGGCAAAGAAAAACUACGCGAAUUUUUGAUUGACGAGUCAGCCCAGCAUGGUCACAAUCUAAGCACGAUCAGUGGGCAAAGCAAAAACCUAAGUGAGGUGGUCUCUGAGGCAAGAGUUGAGCAGCCUGAAGACAGUGAUGAAAAUCAAUAG